AUGCACGACAUCCAGGCCGCCAUGAAGAGACUGCCCCCAUCGUGGGCGACGGCGUGGAUGAGGACGCUGUCCUUUUCAUGGCUCACAUCCUACCGCAUCGCCUACCCGAGCGGCAGGCGCCAGUGCAUCUUCGGCUGUGCCAACGGCCACGACAAGAUGCGCCACUACCUGAUCUGCGCGCCGCUGGCGCAGGCAGUGGGUCGGGCGUGCGGCGCGCCCCCCCUCUCCACCGAGUUCGCGAAGCUCGGCCUCACCGACCAGUCCAACGAGAGCGUGGAGUCCAUCGCGGUCGCCUGCCUCGCGUACCACGCGCUCAGGCAGGAGAACCACGUCUCGGCGGAGGCCACCCUGACGGCCGCCAGGGCGGCGUUGAGGGCCACGAGGACCAUGAAGAAGCCGCCGCCCGAGACGGACAACCACCUGCACCUGAUCGGCAUCGUGAGGGAGAUGCUGACGGACGUCAUACACUUCGGCUCCGUGGAGCCGCCGCUGAUCACGAUCAGCUUCCAGAACACGUUCGAGGAGAUGUUUUGCAUCCUCCUCCAGGCGCGCUACCUGUGA